CAGCUCUCCUCCUGCCUGUUAACUACUCUGCUCAGCUUUCCCCUUUUUCCCCUUUCUUAAGGUAUUAAAGUCUAAAAGAGCAUAAGUGGGGAUGUUAGAUGGUCUGAGAUUAUUUUCCUAACCCAGCACAAGCCUCGUCUCUCUAAACAUUCCCAGUCCAGAAUGUGCUGUCCUUUAAAACCACCCUCUUAGUCAGCACACGCCAACAUCAGGCCCUGCAUUUUGGAGAUGAGACAUUUGCGUGACCAGAGAAAAUAAACAUGUAAGUACCACGGUCCUCCUGCAGUGAGACCUCACAGAUUGGCAAUCUAGGGGUGUGCAGGUACCUCCUGCCCAUAAGCAGCGCGUCCAUUGCUUUGUGUUAGCUUGUAGGCAAGCUUGCUGGGUGGGACUGUCCCUUCUGGUAGGAACCUAUGGGCUUGAAGCAAUCGAGAAGCCAUAGCCUUAUCGCUGUUCUGCGCUUCAGACUCUUGCAGAUAAGGCCCGAGACUGAGAUCAUCAAUUUAUUUCAAGCUGCUGUUCAGAUGCUUCACCUGGCUGGGUCAGGAGUGGUUCUGCAGCGAAUGCAUAAAGAUUCAGCCUGCGGACAUCCAGCCUGACAUAUUUAGUUACUUGUUGCAUAUCAUGUACACGGGGAAAGGGCCAAAGCAGAGCGUCAGCCAGAGCCGACUGGAGGAGGGCAUCCGCUUUCUCCACGCAGACCACCUCUCCCAUAUCGCCAUCGAGAUGAACCAAGUGUUCUCCCCAGAGCCCGUCCAGUCUUCAAACUUGUACGGCAUCCAGAUCUCGACCGCCCACAAACCGGCGAAGGAACGCCUGGGAGCGAAGGAGAAUCUGCCCAAGGCGGGCAGCAGGUCCACUGCCCAGGGCGACCACCCGCAGCUCCAGCUCUCUCUGGCCAUCGGCCUGGACGACAGCUCCCUCGACCAGCAGGUCGCUCGCCCUUCUGCUCAGCCCACUGCUCUCGCCAAGCCGGUGGAAGAGCGUCCGAAGCUCUCGGUCUCCAUAAAGCAGGAGAGGUGCGACUCGGAGCCCGUGGUGUCCCAGAGCUGCACCCCUCCUUCUCCAGAGGUAGCAAGCCCCGUCUUUGCUAAGGCCAGCCUCAAGGUGCACCUGUGUCACUACUGUGGGGAGCGUUUUGACUCCCGGGGGGGGCUGCGGCAGCACUUGCACACCCACGUCUCGGGCUCGCUGCCGUUCGGCGUGCCGGCCUCUAUCCUGGAGAGCAGCGACCUGGGGGAAGUCCAGCCUCUGGCUGAGGACAGGGAAGCUGGGGAUGGCCACCGGCUCGGGGCCUUCCUUCUCAAGGAGGAUGAGCAUCAGCUGGAGCAUCCGAGCUGCAGUGACCUGGAGCCUCUGCAGAUCGGCCAGCUCUCCCUCAUCUCCAAGGAGCACGAACCGGUGGAGUUGAACUGUAACUUUUCUUUCUCAAGGAAGAGAAAAAUCAGUUGCACCGUCUGCGGCCGCACGUUUUUCCGGAAGAGCCAGCUGCUCGAACACAUGUACACGCACAGAGGGAAACAGCACAAAUACAGCCGCUGCCAGCGGCUGGAGAGCCCCGCGACCCCCAGGUUUCAUCCUUACUGUGACAGCGAGAGCGUGGGGAAAAGCUCCAGUUUAUCCCAAGAGCACUUAGAUGAAUGUAUACUGGAGUCGGAUCUCAUCCAAGAAAGCGUUGAUACGAUCCUGGUAGAGUAGUUCUCCCCCUGUGUAGCCUUUAGGUGCUGAAACGGGAUAUUUUGGCAUUUACCACCUAGUGAGCGGUGACUUGCCGCAGCUCAUUUUCUUCCACCACUGUUCCCAUCGCCUCUGAGAUAACUGUGGAGAACUGUGUACUUUGAUUUGUGUACUUGCCUUUUUACUUCUCUAACUUUUAAACUCAAGCUAAUCCCCACCUCAGUCCUUCUUGGAAGCCUCUGUGUAACUCAGUUACAUUUUUUGUAAAUGUAAACUUACUCCUGCCCUGCUUUACUAGAGUCAAGACUGUGUUGCUGGGUGUGAGGUUUAAACAUCGUCUGAUACGCUGCACGGUGCCUAGGACUGCUUGUAUCCUGUAGAAUUGCUGUUCUGAAACUAGAUGGAGGGAAAUGUAGAGGGAAAUGUGUAUUGUGUUUCCCAAACAGUUUGGUUAUAAUUAAAAUAUAUGUCUCAAGGAGAUAAA